GUUAAAGAUUAUUAAAUGUUGUCAAGUUUGUGUUUCACAGUUAUCUUCAUUAUUAACUCUAUGAAUACGUUUAUUAUUCAAAAUAGAAAUUGAUCUUUCUGUUAUCGAUUUCAAGAUUCUUAAGUUAUCUUCUAAUUAAUAUGUGAUUUAUAAUAUGUCGAGAUUUAUAUCGGGAAAAUUAAUUUGAAUAAGAUAAAAAGCAUGAGCAAAAUGUCACCAAAUGAAUCAAUAAUCCACAACUUAGACUUGGGUCAUUCUAAAACCGGUAAUUCUAAAACCGAAGAAGAUGAUGACGACCAAUUAAUAAUUAUUAUCGGAGAUAAAAAGAAAUCGAAAAAUGUGACUGAAAGAAAACAUCGAAAAAAGAAAAAGGUCAAGGACAUGUGGGAGAAUGAAGAUUUCAUACAAAUAAAAGGAAUACAAAAGGCACAGGAAGUCGUAAAUAAAAAUUUACGACAAUUACAACUGGAUAAAAUGAGGAUAAGCCGUAAAGAAGCGUCGGAGAAUAUUCGACGACGUCGGGAGAUGACUCAGCAAAAACAAGUUUUAAGAGAAGUUCUUCAAAAAAUGAAAGGUAGGGGAGACUUAUUUAAUUACGAGCGAAAUUUAAAUGAAGAAAUCAGUUGUGACUCUGACAAAGAAAAUAAAUUAAUAAAUAACAAAAACACAACUAGCACGCAAUCGAAAGAAAAUAAUAAUGUUAGUUAUUUGGACAAAAGAUUUAUUCAUAACGACAACAAUAAGGGUAACAAUAAGACAAAUAUUUUACCGCCAUUGGUCAGGACGACAGGAAAACCUAAUUUGUCGAUGGCUUCAGAAAGGAAAAGUCCAGUUUCAACGUCGUCUGCAGAUGACAUCAUUCCAUCAGAUACUAAACAGAAGAAUACCGGUUACGGUGCAUAUAAACGUUCAAUAGUUGUAACGAUACCGGAUGUGAAUACCGACGCUAGUUUGUACACUCAGAGAUCUGCAAGACGUUUUACCAAGAGUGCGAGCUCAGACAGGCGCAGUGUAAAAUCAGAUAGUGCAACUCAGUGUGAUAAGGAAGAGGAGAUAACUCUUAAUAGAACAAAUCAUCCAUCAUCUGCACGUUCAAGGUUAACGGAUUUACCUCCCAUAAAAUUCACUUUACAAGGACUUAACGGACCUCCGGUAUCGUACUACGUGGAAAAGGGAAAUAUGGUCAGCUAUCGACCUAACUAUGGUGUUCCAACAUCAAAAUUACCCGAAGAGAAAACGACUAACCCAACCAUGGUUGUCUCUCCUCGGAACUCCUCGGUCAGUAUUCCACUUGUCCGAAAAGAAGCUUGUCGACCAAAGGAUAACUUAUCAAUCGUUGGAAAAAAUCCACAAAUACCUCUAUCACAGCAUUUCUUCGAUACGGAAGCACACCCAGCAUUUGUAGGGAGGGUCUCGAGUUACGAUAUUAGGUCAAGCGUUUCUCCUGAUUCGUCGGGUGGAAGUUCGAGAACCUCUCCAAGGCACAGCAUGAGAGGAUCAAAAUUGCUUCGAAAAAACCCAAAAGAAACAGGUGUGAAAAAAGAACUUCAGUACACUACUGCAACUGGAUUUGUUAUAAGUGAAUUUUCAAUGCAAGAUCGUGUUCCAAAGAAACCGAGUGUUAAAGUAGAAAAACAGUCAGUCCACGAAUUUCCCGUCCAUGUCCGUGAACGCUAUAUCAAAAAGAAACUGUUGAUUGCCCAAAGUGACAGACAAGAUGCGGUUUCUUGGAAAGUACGAAAAUAUAUAACAGACCCGGGAUCGUUUUCUAGUUCCAUGUCUAAAGAUUUUUCAUCCCCAGCAGCUUUGCCCACUGAAAGUUACAGAUCCUCAGUGGACAAUGCAAACUCUGUACCUCAAAAUAAGAGAGACAUUUCAGACUUAUUGUUACGUUUGUUAUUGAAACAGAAUCCUCGCAACCAUGUACAAAGGGAGAGAACUGUACCGUCCGACGACAAAAUUUUAUCAUCGUUUAAUUCAACGAAAUCGAAACACGAACGAAGCCAUGACAGAGUAACCGAAAAGAUAAAAGAAAACAAACUAAGCUAGUUGA